AUGCUAUCACAAAUUCAACAACUCGCUCAAAAAGGUUUACAAAAUGGUUUCUUAAAGUCUAUUUCUUCCACUGUAGUCAACAAUGACGCGUCUUCUUUAAUAUUUCAUUAUGGACCUUUUGCUUCUAAUCUUUUCUAUUACUUUCGCCACGAAUGGAUUAAAUCGUUCAUAAAAAAUAAUGGUGGCCAAUAUAAUUUUCUUUGGGUUGAUUCAAUCGAUCAAGUUAUUCAAACACCGAAUAUGACUAUCGGUUGGCAAACAAAACUUCCAAAUAGUAAUUCUCAUCCUCCGCUACUUCUUAAACGUGAAAAUCAAGAAGAAAAUGAUGAUUAUCUUUGUAUAAAUUAUAUCAAGCCUGUAAAUGACAUUAACUUAGUACGUUUGGCAAAUGAACGAACAUCUUUUUGGAAGAAAUAUUUUUCAAAACGUGAGAAACUUGAAGUUAUAUCAAUAAAACAGAACCAAUUUAAUAUUAAUUACCAUUUUUCAUCGAAUGUUGAACCGUAUCAUUUAGAAACUAUUCAAUCAAAUAAUAAUUCGUCAUUAAAUUUAUUAUUAAAUAUAAAUCAUACAUUAGUAACAUUAUUAAUUGAUUCGGAAAUGAAAUCUCUACAUCCAUUACUAGCAGUACAUCAAAUCGGAAUAAAAUCAACAUCGAAAACAACUGAACUAAGUUUCUAUUUAUCAAAAUUAUUAUCAUAUAAAUAUCAUCUACGUGUGUUACGUUUAAAUGAUGAUAAUGAAAAUGCUGAUCAUAUACCAUUUCAUAUAUUACUGAACGAUGAUUCAAUAAAAAACGGUCUAUGUUUGGUAUGGAAUCGAGAUACACAAUUAAACGAGCAGAUACAUGUCAAACAAGUGGCAAAAUAUUUGGCAGAUUAUUUUCAUUCACUUGAGUACUUUGUCUAA